UUUUUGAAAAAAAAAUUAAUUUUAAGAUAACAACCAAGUCCUUUCCCCUCUCAAUUAUGUCAUCAUCAUUAUCUUCUUCUUCACACUUGUCUCCCUUAUCAAAAUUAAAAACAACCAAAAUAUUUAGUUUAUCUAAAAGAUUUAUUUAUUUACUUAUUUUUAUAAUAUUUAUGAGACAACAAAAUAUUGAAGGGGUUAGAAAUGCGCCUCCCCAACUUCUCCCUUUGGAAGGCCAACAAUCUCCAAUUCGCAUUGCUUUGGGCACCAAAGGAUUUAAAUUGAGCUGUCCAGUUAGGACAAGUUCAGAAGAGGAAUGGGGACAUAAUAAUCAUCAGAUUAAUGAGGAAACAAAUUUAGAAAACGAAUUAAUUAUUAAAUGGAGUAGAGAUGGGAGGGCUUUGGAGACUGGGAAUAAUGGACAUUAUAAUAUGGCUAAUGGAAAUAGGGAUCUGUGGAUUUUACAGGCGAGGAGUGAGGAUAGUGGGCUUUAUCGAUGCACGGCCAUUAACGAGUGGGGCCAUCAAAGUGUAGAAUUUCGAUUACAAGUGUUUGACCCAACUAAUACAGUAGCUGACGUUGUUAGAUCUAGUGAAAGCCCUCUUCCAAUCCAAAUACGUGUAAACAAAGGCAAACACAUUCAAUUACAAUGCCCUACAGCACAUGGAAAUCCGUUGCCUAGAAUGACUUGGUUAAGGCUGACAGGACAUUCUGAACAAGAGCUAGGCCAAAUGUCGCAUCUCUCAUUUGACCGUGUUCGUCCUCAAGAUGCCGGAAUCUAUGCCUGUCGUUUAGAAAAUAAUCUAGGAGCGAUUAGAGCAGAUUUUUCCCUUCAAAUAGUUGAACAAGAAGAUAGCGAAGAAAAAAUAUUUGUUGAAAAUAAUGAAGAAAAAACACAAAAUUUGCCUUCUAGAGGAAGUAUUUCCUCUUCAAUACCUUCACAUAUGAGAGCUGCAGCUUCAAAUGUUGUUCCCCCAUCAACUCCAAGAAUUGAUGUACUUCAUGGACAACAAAAAUUGCAUGUAGGGAAUACCGCAGAAUUGCAAUGCCGUGUUGAAUGGAGAGGGGAAAGGGACAAAACUGUGAUAAGAUGGCUUCGGCAAUUAGACAAUGCUGAUGUAAAUGCUGUUAAAGCAAAGGCACCCAAUUCUAGUCUUUUAAAACUUGGACAAAUUACAUUGUUGAUGAUUGAACAGGAAGAAGAACCUGUCCGUGUGGAAAAAUCAGAAAAUGAUGGACAAAAACAUUUUUUGAAUGAAUUGAGAAUUACAAACAUGCAGAAAGAGGCAAGUUUUGAAAAAUAA